AUGCCACUGUACUCGGAGCUGUACCACAACUUCGUCGCCAACACGCCCAUCAUCCCGACGCCGAUGGUGGUGUCACCGACCUACAGCCCGCCGACCUACGUUGGCGUGUCCCGGUCGUCCGCGUAUCCGGGUGGCGUCGGUGGCGGACGGUCUGCGGUACCGUUCUCGCGUGGCUACGUCCCGAAGCUCACGCCCAUCACGGAGACCCCGCUGAGCAGUCACCAUCACCAUCACCACCACCAGCACCAUCACCACCGGAUCGCUGCGUUCGGUCGCGUCAGCGGCAUGGCCGGCGGGGGGCACAGCUCGCCCACCUACCAGAAGGCGCGGCGCAUCAUCAACACCGCCGACAUCGAUGUGUCCGCGUCGAAGUACGCACCGCGGAUAGCCGCCGCCGCCGGGCGGCUCAAGGAGCCCCUGGCCUCUGGCGGUUCCAGCCCGACUCCGAUCAACCAGCCGCCCGGUGGCGGCGGCAGUGGCGGCGGCGGCGGUAGCGAACACCAGCACCACCAGCACCAGGUGGUGCUACCGUCGCCACCGACCCCAGCCGCCGCCCCGGUGUCGAGCCGCGAUCAAGAGCUAAGCGAGCGCAGCGAGCAGCGCCGCGCUCGCUCCACCAUCAACCGCAACCGGACGGUCGUUCGGCUCAACACGAUCCGAGCGCGGAGCCGCUCCCGUGGCUCCACCGACCGGGCGCGUUCUCCGGGCCGCUCUUUGGCCACCGAACCCUCGACAUCGACGCCGCCGGCGGCGUCGUCGUCGUACGAAGAGCGGCUACUAGAGCGGCUACCCAGCACGAGCGGUGGCGGCUCCUCCUCCUCCUCGUCCUGGCGGGAUAACUUCCGGGACGAACUGUCACUGAGACCGCGGCGCACCGAGCCUACGAAAUCCCCCGGGGAGCUACUGCUCGAGAAGCACCUGAUACGGGACGGGCCGCUGGACGGGGCGCCGCCGGGUGACGGCGGGCGGUCGGCGAUCAACGCACGGGCCGUGCGGUCGCCAGUGAUGAAGCGCCGGGCGUCGGUGCGGCGCAGGAGCGCCGCCAAAAUACCGAGCUUCCACGAGAUCUGCGCCGACAUCAGCUCGGACAAGCUGGACGACGACCUGAACGCGGGCGAGCUGCGGCGCCGCGCCUCGCAGCUGAUCGAGGACGAGCUGCUCCAGUUCCAGGAGGAGCUCAAGAAGGCGGCGGCCGCGGCCGCCGCUACUGAGGCGGCGGCGGCAGCGGCGGAAGAGACCACGGCACCUCCAGCGGCAGCCUGCAACGAGCCGCCGCCGCCGCCGCCCCAGUGCGCAGUGCCAGCCGUCGAUGAGGUGAAGCGCAAGGUGAAAGUGGUGAAGCGCACCAAGACGAAGCCGCUCGUCCGGCCACCGGACGAGCCGGCCGAAGGAGAGGAGGCGGAUGUGCAGGUGAGGAAUGCGCCACCCAAGAUUGUCACCACGGUCGAGUCGAUCGAAGAGUGCACCGUGUUUCGGUUGCCGAAAACGAAGAAAAAACAGCCGCCGCCGGCGGCGGAAAACGACGCAGAGGUAGUGGUGGUGGCGACGGCGGCUGUCACCCGGGAGCCGCCGAAAGUCGGAGCCACGCCGAAGCCGAAGCAGCUGCUGUUGAAGCAAACCGCCACGCUGCACCCGCCAAAGCUGCUGCCGCCGCCGUUGAUGCUGGAGACGGUGGCGGCUCAGCGGCCCGAGCGGGCCCAGCUGAUGAAUGGGCGGCUCGCCGAUGAGCCCUCAACUGGGGGCGUAGCCGCCGAGGUACCCACUGUAGCCGUCGCCAUCGCCAUUCGCAAACAGACCACUGAGCGGCUGGAUACAGCGAAAGCGGCGGCUAGUUCGCCGAGCAUCACAGCCGCCCUAGCCGCUCCAGCCGCUCCAGGCGCUCCAACCGCCCCAGCGGCCCCACCAGCUCUAGCGGCCCCAACCACUACAGCUGCCCCAGCAGCUCUAGCCGCCCCAGCCGCCCCAGCGGCUACAGCCGUUACAGCCGCCCCAAUCGCUCGAGCCCCCCCAGCUUCCCCAGCCACCCUAGCCACUACAGCCGUCCCAGCAGCUCUAGCCGCCCCAGCCGCCACAGCCGCCCCAGCCGCCACAGCCGCUCCAGCCGCCCCAGUCACUCGAGCCCCCCCAGCUUCCCCAACCACCGUAGCCGCCCCAGUCGCUCCAGCCGCCACCGCAAAAGCAAUCGAAGUCCCGGGUCGGGUGAGCGAACCCACAGCAAAACCGUCCACAGCGGAGCCGCCAGCGAAGGUAGUGGUCCGGAAGAAGGGUCCGGUCGAGCAGCUCCCGAAGCCGCCGACGAAACCGGAUGAAGUGGUCGACUUCUGGAGUACGAUCGGGACGCGCGAAACCGUCUCGUUUGCACGGCGCAAGCAGCAGCUGGGCGGUAAUACCAAACCAUCGGUACUGCACGUCAUCUUCAACGAGGACGAGGAGGCUGAAGGGCCGGGGACACCAGACGGGGCCUCUCCCACCGCCACCACGGCUCCACCGGUGGCCACCGUUAGUGUGACGCCGGCCGAGCCGCCAAGCGGCUCGCAGGCGAGCAAGUUCAAGGUCCGAACCGUGCCCGUGGCUGCCGCAGACCCGAAGCGGCCAGAACCGGAAGCGGCUGCUAAAGGCCCAGAGUCAACCCAAACGCAGCCGCCAACGGUGGCCCUUGAGAGCCGCCCGUGUGGAAGUGCGAAAACGCCGCUAGCCACCACCGCCGCAGCAUCGGCAUCAACACUUCCGGUGAGUCAGUUGGCGCUCGACACGAAGAAGCUGUCGCCGAAGGAGCUAAUCAAGGCGGUUGCACCUACCAUAGCGGCCGCCGCCGAAAAGAAGCUGACCGAGCGACAGCAUCAAUCGAUGACGACAGCGAAUACCAUCACCACUAACAGCACCGCGACGAAGGCUGGCUCGGGCGUAGCUGCGGUUGCCGUUUCCGGCGUCGUCACCACCGACAACGACCCCGAGCCGACGCCGCCGGUAAAAAAGGCGGUGAAAAAGGUGGUCGCAAAGGUCGUGAAACCGAAAGCCGCGCAGUCCAAAGCCGAGCAACCGGAAGAGUCACAGCCGCCCAAAGAGCCUCCCAAAGAACAGCCCAAAGAGCCGCCCAAAGAGCCGCCCAAAGAGCAGCCCAAAGAGCUGUCCAAAGAGCUGUCCAAAGAGCCGCCGGCUGUCAAGCCGCCCAAGGAACCAGAGCCUACGGCAAAGCUCAAACAGCCGCCCAAGGAGCCAGAGUCGGUUGCAAAACUCAAACAGCCGCCCAAGGAGCCAGAGUCGGCGGCAAAGCUCAAACAGCCGCCCAAGGAGCCAGAGUCGGUUGCAAAGCUCAAACAGCCGCCCAAGGAGCCAGAGCCCACGGCAAAGCCCAAACAGCCGCCCAAGGAGCCAGAGUCGGCGGCAAAGCUCAAACAGCCGCCGAAGGAGCCAGAGCCCACGGCAAAGCCCAAACAGCCGCCCAAGGAGCCAGAGUCGGCGGCAAAGCUCAAACAGCCGCCAAAGGAGCCAGAGCCCAUGGCAAAGCCCAAACAGCCGCCCAAAGAACCAGAAUUGCCGGCAAAGCUAAAACAGCCACCCAAUGAGCCAGAGCCGCUGGCAAAACUCAAACAGCCGCCCAAACCGCUUUCUAUAGCACCACCAGCUAAGGCACCGGCACCGAAGACGGAGCUCCCACAGCACAACGCUACGCCGCCACCCGACGCUGACCCGCAGACGCUCGAGCGCAUGAAGACCAAGCUGAAUCGGAUAACGCUCAAUAUGGGCGCCAAAAGCCUCGAGGCGGAGGUGAAGGAGUGCCAAAAGUGUCAGUCGGCGGCGGCGGCGGCGACGGCAAUCGUCGUGCCCGAGGCCAGUGGCAGCGCGCUUCCGGGCGUUACGUCGUCCGCCGAGCAGCCGAGCGUCGGCCGCCCGAUCAUCGCUUAUGUCGGCAAGCUGACAAAGAAUAAAUUCGGCACGCUAGACGACCUGAGCGACUUAUCAGCCACGGGCGCUAGUGAACGCAACACAUCGCCUUCGUCGUCGUCAGCGUCACCACAGCAGCAGCAGCAGCAGCAGCAGCAACAGCAACAGCAACAGAAGCUUCAUCCAUCCAGCAAGCAGACAGCCGCAGCCACAGGCACGUACGUCGAACGGCAGACGUCGGACGGUUCGAGCCGCGGAUCGGAAACAUCGUUCUCGGGCGUAGAAGACGACUGGACGUCCUCGGCGGACUCGGACUCGGCGGCGGACAUGGCGAACGAUAAGCCGGAAAAGAAGAAGCCCUUCGACCCGACCAAACGGGUCAAGCUCAACUUCGACCAGAUGCGCAAGUGCUACUCGAAGGAGGAAAAGUCCCCGAUCGUGCUCGUGGCACGGCCCCGACCGCUCUGGAAGGUGAAGCGCCACGGGCACCGCCACAACCGGAAGGCGGACCUGACCAGCAGCAGCAGCAGCAGCGGCAGCCGCUCCGGUUCCGACGAUGAAUCCACGUCGGCCAGCACAGCUUCCAACACUACGACGACGACGACCACCACCACCACCACCACCACGACGGACCAGACUUCGUCGGAGGCUGCCUCGACGAUGGAGGGCGCCACCUCGGACAUCAACACCACCGAUGACAGCAGCGUCAACUCGAGCACCGGCGGCAGCGGCAAGCAGCGGAGGCACCGGCCACAUCAUUCAAAGGCGAAAGCCGCCGCCGCCGGCACCGGCAAAGGUGCCGGUGCAGCCACGGCCGGUGCCGCCACGGCCGGCAACCGGAAGUCGGGUUCGGCGGACCCGUUCGGGGACAUCUACGACACGCCGAUGGUGAUACCGCUGCACGCGGAACCGCGCUGCAGCAGCAGCCGGAGCCACGGCGGCCGCAGCGGCCACAAAAGCUCCGGCGGCUCGGCGCGCGACGAAAACAACAACAACAGCGGCGAUCUGGGCGGUGGUGGCAGCGCCGGACCGGACCCGGACUACGACGACGAGCGGGGUCGGUCGAUCGGCGGGGCGCCACAUGAGGUGCGCAGCACCAGCACCAGCAGCCACGACUCCGGGUUCUACGGCGGAGGGACCGCUCCGAUCAGUCCCAAGAAGGCGCUCGACUGUGACGUGAACUGUCACAAGAAGUGCGAACGGCUAGCGGCGAACCUGUGCGGCAUCAAUCAGAAGCUGAUCGUUGAGGCACUGUUAUCGAGUCAUCUGUUCUUCGUCAUGGAGUACCUGAACGGGGGUGAUCUGAUGUUUCACAUCCAGCAGAGCGGCCGGUUUCCGGAGGCCCGGGCCCGGUUCUACGCCGCCGAGAUCGUGUCCGGCCUGAAGUUCUUGCACCGCAAGGGGAUCGUCUAUCGUGACCUGAAGCUGGACAACGUGCUCCUGGACUACGACGGGCACGUGCGGAUAGCGGACUUCGGCAUGUGCAAGCUGGAGAUCUACCUGGACAAGCUGGCGGACAGCUUCUGUGGUACACCAGACUACAUGGCACCUGAAAUCAUUAAAGGCCAAAAAUACAACCAAGCCGUCGACUGGUGGUCCUUCGGAGUGCUGGUCUACGAGAUGCUCGUGGGGCAGUCACCGUUUAGCGGGUGCGACGAGGACGAGCUGUUCUGGUCGAUCUGCAACGAAAUUCCAUGGUUUCCGCACUAUCUCUCGAAGGAAGCGCUGCGGUUACUGCAGUCGCUCCUGGAGAAGGAUGCCUCGAUCCGACUCGGCGUGCUGAACACGAUGGACGAGGAGAGUGACAUCAAGUACCACCCGUUUUUUAAUAGUAUUACCUGGGACAAGCUGGAGAGAAGAUCCGUGGAGCCACCGUUCAAGCCGCAGGUGCGGCAUCCACUCGAUACUCAGUAUUUCGACAAGCAGUUCACCCGUGAGCGCGCGCGACUGACGCCCAUCGACCGGAACAUACUGGCCUCGAUGGAUCAGGCCCAGUUCGAGGGCUUCACCUACACCAACCCUAACAAUACGCUGACGAAGUUGCGCGAGAAGCAGAAGAAGAAGACAAAGAAAAUGUAUUUCUGUCCGCAGUGUGGUGAUAUAAAGGUCACCUAUAACAUGUUUUGAACCCACCACACCGCGGGGAAGAAAUACGUUGUUGGCAACAGGCACGUAGUAGACAGGAAGUAGAGGCAGUAGAAAUGAUGGAGCGGAACACCCCGAUCCAAUUGUCCGUCCGUCACAGAACACAGAAACACACACACAGGCAGAGAGAGAGAGAGAGGGGGAGAGCGUCCGGCAAGGCAAGGCAGCAGUUCCCGGAGGCCGCCAGCAUCCGGAGUGCGGGCAGGACGUGGCAGUCAUAUUUGAGGGCACAAAAAGUGAAAGGAGCAAUAGGCGGUGGACCCACCACCCCACAGGAGCCAACACAAUUCGUGGUUCAGCAUUUUACUGGCAGCAGCGCGCGAGCUUGUGGGUUGCAUUCAGGUGUCAGGUGUUUUGUCAGCUUUCGGGCGGUGGGCUCUCGCUCGCCACCCCAAUAAUAAGCCACACACACACACACACACACACACACAUACACACACUAGAAUGGACUGAUGAUGAAGCCGUGUGUACUUUUGCAUUGCACUCACGCGUUAGGAGUUGCCUGCAGAGUUGGAUGGCCCAUAAAAACAUCAAUUCUGAAUUUUCCGCGUUAACUCUGCUAGUAUUCACAGGCUACAGGCUUAAUUGGCCCGUUCCUCUCCACAAACCCCCCCCCCCCCGCUGCAGCCAUUCGCCCCACCUGGAUUCGAUUCCAAUUGCACGCACGCCAAUUGAACUGAACUUUGGUUUUUAGAUUUCCCUGAUCGCUUGAUCGCUACUUGAUCGAUCCCUAUGGUGCUAUGCGCUAUAAUGUUGUCUAUAUCUGUGUGUGUGUAUCCUUGUAUAUGUAUACGUUUACAUACACACACACACACACACACACACAUAAAUAUAUAUAUUUAAGUAUACAUGAACAAGAACAAACAAUACACAAUUAAUAGUGGCCUUUGCUCACCGGCGGAAGCUUUCCAGCUGGUGUGAUCUAGCGAUUAAACCUUAGAGCAAGUAGUUGAGUUAAAAAACCAAAACACAACCAACAAAAAAAAAGGUUUCAUACCUUCGAGUUACCGUACCCUACCCAUGGAUAACUCGGCGCUCGGUGGAGUGGCCGCCCCAUUUCUGCGUGCGCGCGCGCGCGUGUGUAAUAAGCUGUACAGAGAUCACACAACUGGCACAACGCGACGUUUUGUGACGCAAAAUUUUGACAAAGUUAACGGCGGUAGUAAUGCCAGGAAACGGAAUCGCAAUUCUUAAGACCUGACACGUUAUUUUUUUGGCACUACCCACACACACCUGAUCAGCAAAAACACACAAUUUUCAGCCGAUCUGGGUUUUGAUGGGCUCGGUGGCGUGCUACGCGAUUAGAAGGCGCUGUGUUUCACUGGAACGGUUCAAUAUUGCAUACAUUUGUAAA